AUGCAAACGAUUCUCGUGACAGGUGCCAACACAGGCAUUGGACUGGCGCUAUGCAAGCAACUGUGCAAAGAUCACGGCGCCAAGGUGUUUUUGGGAUCUCGUAGUGCCGAUAAGGGCGCUACGGCAGUCCAGCAAGUGAAAGAGUAUGCGGGUGGCGACAGUAAGGGUCAAGUGGAACUGCUUCAGAUCGAUGUGGGAAGUGACGAUUCCGUCACCAAGGCAGCGGCUUCGCUAAAAGAAAAAGGAGUCAAAUUGACUGCCAUUGUCAACAAUGCCGGAACAGGUCUGGGUCACGGCGUCACCAACGAAACCGUCUUGAAUGUAAAUCUCAUGGGCGUCAAGCGCGUCGUCGAUGCCUUUACCGAAUUGCUCGAUCCGCAAGCAUCUAGAAUUGUCAAUGUCGGAAGUGGCUCGGGACCUCUAUACGUACGGAGUCAACCCAUCGAACGUCAAAAGAAAUUGUGCAAUCCCGACAUUACAUGGGAAGAAAUCAAAGAGGAAUACGAUAGAGGUGUCCCAAAAGACGACCCUGCCCACGGACAAGUGGGCACGGACCACUACGGACUCUCCAAAGCAUUGCUCACAUGUUACACCAUGAUGCUCGCCAAGACAUUGGCGCCCAAAAAUAUAAGUGUCUACUGCUUGACUCCGGGAUACAUUGAUACCGCCAUUACGGCCGGAUGGCCCGGUGGAAAACCUCCAGAGGAAGGAACUGUUGCCAUUCGUCACUGUCUAUUCGAGACUACCAAAGAAGAAAGUGGACAGUUCUUUGGAUCCGAUGCCAAACGCAGCCCUUUGCACUUUUUGAGAAAUCCAGGAGAACCAGUAUCGGAUGGAACCAUCGACUGGGAGGCUGUCGAGAAAGAUUUGGCCAAGUAG